AAAAAAAUUAAUCUGUCAAAGGCGAAUUUGUGGUAUAGGGAUGAAAGCGCUGGAGUGACCGGAACGGGAAAAAAAAAACCAAAACCCACACAGGGCGAGAGAACGCUUCAUGCUGACGGACAUCGCCGCCAUAGCAGGUGGUGGCUUGUGUAAUCUUCCAGGGUCUCGCCGCUUGUGUUUGCUGCCUGAUCUGCGCGUCGUUUCAGCACUGGACAGCGACCGGAAUCUGACUCGGACUCUGAGGUGGACAUCGACGGGAAUCCUGAAGCACGGGCCCAGUCCGACCCUCGCUUGGCUUCCUGGGAUGCGCGGCUAGAUGAUUCCACUCCAUCAACAAGCGCCACGGUAGUCCUGGACUAAUAUAGCAGCGCUACAUCCCCCCCCCCCCCCCCCCCCCUCCCCAGUCCUAGCUCUGCCCAUUCGCCCGAUCCGGAUCCCUCCGUCUAAAAGGCACCAUGGGGAAUCGCGGCAUGGAGGACCUGAUCCCGCUGGUCAACAAGCUGCAGGAUGCGUUCAGCUCCAUCGGCCAGGCCUGCAACCUGGACCUGCCGCAGAUCGCGGUGGUCGGCGGCCAGAGCGCGGGCAAGAGCUCCGUGCUGGAGAACUUUGUUGGCAGGGAUUUUCUGCCCCGUGGAUCUGGUAUUGUCACCCGCAGGCCCCUGGUUCUGCAGCUCAUAAGCGCUAAUGCUGAAUGGGCCGAAUUCCUCCACUGCAAAGGGAAGAAGUUCACCGACUUUGACGAGGUGCGCCAGGAGAUCGAGGCAGAAACUGACCGCGUGACUGGGGCUAACAAAGGCAUAUCGCCCGUUCCCAUCAACCUACGCGUUUACUCCCCUCACGUGCUGAAUCUGACUCUCAUCGACCUGCCCGGGAUAACGAAGGUGCCCGUGGGAGACCAGCCCGUGGACAUUGAGCAGCAGAUUCGGGAUAUGAUCAUGCAGUUCAUCACGAGAGAGAGCUGCUUGAUCCUGGCCGUGACUCCGGCCAACAGUGACCUGGCCAACUCUGACGCACUGAAACUGGCCAAGGACGUGGACCCCCAGGGUCUUAGGACUAUUGGAGUGAUCACCAAACUGGAUCUGAUGGAUGAGGGCACGGAUGCCCGGGAUGUGCUUGAGAACAAACUGCUGCCGCUCCGAAGAGGGUACAUCGGAGUGGUUAAUCGCAGUCAGAAGGACAUCGAUGGCAAAAAAGACAUCAAGGCAGCUUUGGAGGCCGAGAGGAAGUUCUUUUUGUCCCACCCAUCGUACAGGCACAUGGCUGAGAAAAUGGGCACCCCCCGCCUGCAGAGAGUCCUGAACGAGCAACUGACCAACCACAUCCGGGACACCCUGCCAGCUUUCCGCAGCAAGUUGCAGUCCCAGCUGUUGGCCCUGGAUAAGGAGGCCGAGGAAUACCGAGGAUACCGGCCCGAUGACCCCUCCCGCAAAACCAAGCAGCUGCUGCAGAUGGUCCAGCAGUUCUCUGUGGACUUUGAGAAAAGAAUCGAGGGCUCGGGGGACCAGGUGGACACGGUGGAAUUGUCCGGGGGAGCGAAAAUCAACCGCGUCUUCCACGAGCGUUUCCCCUUUGAACUCGUCAAGAUGGAGUGUGACGAGAAGGAAAUGCGCCGUGAGAUCAGUUACGCCAUCAAGAACAUCCACGGCAUCAGAACCGGACUUUUCACCCCAGACAUGGCGUUUGAGGCCAUUGUGAAGAAGCAGGUCAUUAAGCUAAAGGAACCUUGUGUCAAGUGUGUGGACAUGGUCAUCCAGGAGCUGAUUAACACCGUCCGCCAGUGCUCCAACAAGCUGGAGUGCUUCCCCAUGCUGCGUGAGGAAACGGAGAGAAUCGUGACCACUCACAUCCGAGACAGGGAGAGCCGGGCCAAGGACCAGGUCCUCCUGCUGAUCGACAUCCAGCUCUCUUACAUCAACACUAACCACGAGGACUUUAUCGGCUUUGCUAACGCUCAGCAGAGGAGCAGUCAGACUAACAAAAGCCAGAGUUCGGCGGGAAACCAGGUCAUCCGCAAAGGCUGGCUGACCAUCAACAACAUCAGUAUCAUGAAAGGAGGAGCCAAGGAGUACUGGUUUGUGUUGACCGCCGAGAGCCUCUCCUGGUUCAAGGAUGACGAGGAGAAAGAAAAGAAGUACAUGCUGCCCCUGGACAACCUGAAGGUCCGCGACGUGGAGAAAAGUUUCAUGUCCAGCAAGCACAUAUUCUCCAUCUUUAACACCGAGUCAAGGAAUGUUUACAAGGACAAUCGCACUCUGGAGUUGGCCUGCGACUCUCAGGAUGACGUGGACAGCUGGAAGUCAUCUCUGCUGCGUGCCGGGGUGUAUCCUGAGAAGACCAUUACGGUUGAGAGUGAGACCACUUCCACUGCAGAUAACUUCUCCAUGGACCCCCAGCUUGAGCGUAAAGUGGAAACCAUUCGUAACCUGGUGGACUCGUACAUGGCUAUUGUCAACAAGUGCAUCCGGGACCUCAUUCCCAAGACCAUCAUGCAUCUGAUGAUCACUAAUGUGAAGGACUUCAUCAACGCGGAGCUCCUGGCCCAGCUGUACUCUGCGGGCGACCAGAAUGCCCUGAUGGACGAGUCUCAGGAGCAGGCCCAGCGGAGGGACGAGGUCCUGAGGACCCAUCAGGCCCUGAAAGAAGCCCUGGCCAUCAUCGGUGACAUCUCCACCUCCACCAUUACCGUCCCUCUGCCACCGCCUGUUGACAAUUCCUGGGUGGGGGGAUCCACUGGUGGUCGCAGGUCUCCUCCACCUAGCCCCACAGCUCCUAGGAGGAUGUCCUCUGGCCAACGUCCAGCUCCGCGAGGGGCCCCGCCACCACCCAAUCGUCCAGGACCCCUGGGGCCGUUUAAUAACAGUGCUGACAGCCCUCAGGCUCCCAGCCGCCCAAACAGGGCCCCCCCUAGCAUCCCCAGCCGGCGGCCACCUCCAUCACCUACACGACAAGCCCCAUAAUCACCUUACGGGGUGCCUGAGCUCCUUCCCUCAUCCACUCCAUCCCUCCUCUCUUAGCCAUGGCUCUGCUGUCCAGGUCCCCCCACUCCCACCACCCCCUUUUGUGCAGACACAGACAUCUGUGUACCCCAUUUGAACCUAAACUUCCUGCCAGGUGACCACAUCCAGAUAUCUAUGUACAGUAUGGUACUUGUCUUGUGGUGUAAGUGUACGUGUGCUUGUUGCUCGCCUGUGAACCAGGUUUGCUUCGCAGGUCCACUACCCAGUAUCAGUCCCCCCCGGAACCUCUCCACCAAACCUCCACCUCCUCUGCCACCACCCCCUUAUAGCUGCUUCUAUCAGAAAAUAUGCUCAGCAGUCAUACUGCCCUACCCAUUCCAAAAUGCAGCAUGGCACAUAAGCUGCUCAUAUUGCAUGGGAGUGUGUGAAUGUGGAGUGUGUGUGUGUGCUUUGUGUGUAUGUAUAUGAUGGACAGACUAACUUGCCUAUAUGUAGGCCAAGUUUGAUAUAGUAUUGUAUUAAUUUAUUGUAUAAUAUCUCCCCUAGGUGUUAAUUAUCAGCUUGAUGUUCUCAUAGGAACAGAAGUUGUAUUUUAGUAUAAGUGUGUAUAUGCGUUUACAGUGUGAACAAUACUUUGUAUGUGCGCGUGGGUGUGCGUAUGUGUGUGAGGACCCGUGUGCAUGUGCCGUCUGUCUGCACGUUUGUUGGCGUUUCAGUUCUAUUUGUUUUCAUGGUCAAAACUGUUAAACGAUAAAUCCUAAAACCCUCCGGGGAUGAAACUUAAUGUUUGACUUUUGUGAGUUGUUCCCGUGUUGUAGUAGCAGUCAUACACACAUAGCAAGGCUGAGGAGCACCUUCAAUAUUCUCUAGAUGGAAAAACAGAAACAGCCUCAACAACACAUCUAAACUCGCCAUAGGUGUCCACCUGUGCUGUAACGAUGGUCAAAUUGUGACCCUUGCAACCUUAAGCUCUGAUUCAGAUGCUGCUCGGUGAGAUGGAUGUAACUGGAGUUUGCACUUGGUAGAAAACAGAGGAGAGCGCGUGACUUAAUCUGGCUGAGCACAAACUCCUUCAUUGAACGACUAAUGAAAUAUCUUUAACGUGUAUCCAUUUUAGCCUUUUUCUCAGGUCUGUCCCACGCAACUACAUGCACAAACCUCCACUUCUCGGUUUUGCCCACCUAUAGUCUCUUCUUUCCUCACUGAGAAAACACCAAAGCUAGUCAUGCCAGCAUUUGCAUCAGAGCAAGGGGUUUUAUUGUUGAUGUUCAAGUGCUUCUCUGUCAGUUUGUUAUUGUGUAUGUGGGCCUAAACUGUGUUCUGAUGUAUAUAGGUAAUGAUAAGGAGAUACUGUACCUGUGGACUACUAAGACCUCAUCAUGAAUCCUAGCGCUUUAAUCGUUCUCUAUGUCUCUAUUCACUAUAUGCUCUCCUCUCCCUAAUUUAGACUGCCUUACUGGCAUGGAUUACAAUUCUUUAUUGCCAAAGUUAAAUACAGAAAGAGAAUUGCUAAGUUAAGAAAAAAAUAUUCAGCUGAAUACCAGCAUCAAAGCGGUUCUAUGUUUAGCAGAGGGCAUAAUGUAAAACUGGGGGAAAUGCAUCAGUUGUUACUUUCUGUGUGUCUGUAUUGCUCCUCAAUAAACUUCCUCAUAAUGGCACA